AUGAUGCUCCCAGUGACUCUCCACGACGAUGCCAUGCAUGCUUUCCAAAGUAUGAGAAUGGGAAAGGGUGAUUUCAAAGACUGCAAAUUCCUUGUUUUAAAGAAACUAGAUGGCACUUUCAUUCUUGACCAAGAACUCAAUUCCCAAUGUAAUACUUUAUCCGAUUUAGCUCAGUCACUUCCUCACAAUGAAACACGCUUCAUUUGUUAUCAUUUACAUUUUGAAAUGCCAAAAAGUCAAGAACAAGCAGCACGAGAAGGCUCUCGAACGAAAUUAGUGUUUGUUGUGUGGUGUCCACCUGCAACCUCGGUUCGAGAGAAAUUCCAAUUGGCUGCCACCACAAAAACUGUGAAAGACAAGUUGAAUGGAAUUUUCGUGACUCAUCAUGCAUCGAGUAAGGCUGAUUUGGACGAACAGCAAUUCAUUGAACGAUGUUUGACCAUUAUGAAAUAA